CCCGGUGUGAGUCGAAGCUUUUGAGCCAGUCUAAGUGCGCGAAGUUUGUCGGAAUACGGGUGGGAAUAAUAAGGCUGAGGGCAGAGGCGCUUGCUGAGUGAGAUUCCAGCCCUGCGCACCAGCCUUAUGCCUUACUGAACACCACAGCCAUGGGGUUUAUAAAAGGACUGCUGUCUGUGUUCAUUUUAGCAUCAUGUUUCCUUUCCAGUGGUGCACAGAAAACAGUUUGUACAGAGGAAGCCUUGGCUGAUAUCGUCUUCCUGGUGGAUGGCUCAUGGAGCAUCGGUACAGAGAACUUCCAGAGGAUCCGUGAGUUCCUCUUCACCUUGGUGGACAGUUUCGAUGUGGGACCUGACAAGGUGCGCAUUGGCCUAGUACAGUACAGCAACUCACCCCGCACAGAAUUCAGCCUUAACAGCUACGAAUCCAAGCAGGAGAUUCACGACUACAUUGCAAAUCUCCCAUACAUGGGUGGUGGCACUAAGACUGGUUUAGGGUUAAACUUCCUGCUAAAAGAUCACUUUAGGGAAGAGGCAGGAAGCCGUGCUAAAAUGGGGGUAACUCAGAUUGCUGUGGUCAUCACAGAUGGGCAAUCACAGGACAAUGUGGAAGUACAUGCCCAGGAGUUGAAACGGCAGGGAAUCAUACUUUAUGCCAUUGGAAUUAAAGAUGCUGACAUGGACCAGCUGAAGGAGAUCGCUACCAAGCCUCAUGAUAAGCACAUCUACAGUGUGUCUGAUUUCACAGCCCUGCAGGGGAUCUCCGAGGGCUUUAUCCAUGUACUCUGCACCACAGUGGAGGAAGCCAAACGACAGGUAUCUCAUGUGCCACAAGGAUGCAAGGCUAACUUGGCUGACAUUGUGUUCCUUGUGGAUGGCUCUAGUAGCAUUGGUGAUGAGGAUUUCCUGAAGGUGAAGCAGUUUAUCCACACAUUCAUAGAGGGUCUUGAUGUUAGGUCUGAUAAGAUCAGAGUGGGAUUGGUGCAGUUUAGCAAUGACCCUCACCAAGAGAUCCUCCUGGGCAAGUACACAGAUAAGAAUGAGCUGCUGGAGAAGGUGAAUGAACUCAUAUACCGAAAGGGAGGAACUGAAACGGGAAAAGCCCUCAGCUUUCUCCAAAAUCAUUACUUCACACAAGCAGGUGGUAGUCGGAUCGGUCAGAACGUGCCUCAGAUUGCUGUGGUGAUCACGGAUGGAGAUUCAAGUGAUGACAUGAAGAAACCAGCCACAGAACUACGGAAUAAAGGGGUUUUAAUCUUCACUAUUGGAGUUGGUGAAGUAAACAUUACUGAGCUGCAGUCCAUUGCCAAUAAACCACAUUGGCGGUUUUUGAUUAACUUCAGCAACUACCAGGAGCUGGUCAAAGCAACUGCUAGCACGAUGGACAGAGUGUGUGUCUCAGUGGAGGACAAGCAGGAAGCUGCAGUUCCAAAGUUUGCAGAUGUUUUUGUUUUGGUGGACAGUUCGAUUCAGCAGACUGAUGAGCUAAGAAAGUUUCUCAUGGUACUAAUCAAUCAACUUAACGUGAGCACUAAAUCCAACCGGAUGGCUUUGGCUCAGUUCAGUGAAGACGUAUCAGUGGAGUUUCUUUUCAAUGCUUACAAAAACAAAAAUGAGGUGGUUGCACUUAUUCGCAAGUUGAAGCUCCAGACUACUGGACAGCGCAACCUCGGGAAAGCAAUGGAUUUUGUACGUACUCGCCUCCUUAACGCUGAUUCAGGCAGCCGAAUUGGCCAGGGCUUCAAGCAGUACUUGCUGGUGGUGAGCAAAGGACAAUCUGAUGACACACAAUCUGAUGUAAUUAGGGCAGCUCGUGACAUGAAGUCUGAAGGGGUGACCAUUGUCAAUAUUGAUUUAAGCAAAAAGGGGGAGCUCGUUUUUGCAUUAGCUCCAGGUCCUGCUUCACGUGGUGAUGGAGGACUUCCUCCUGUGAAAAAGACCAUGAUUGCUUCUCCACGAAAAACCUUCUUCACUGCUGAGAAAAAUGUUACUCAAAUAACACAAGAUAUAAAAUCUGUCAUUGCAACCAGUGAGGGCUGCGAGUCAGCUCAGCUGGCAGAUAUUGUGUUUAUCGUGGAUGUGUCUAACGCUGUUCAAAACUUCAAGCUGGUGCGCAACUUCCUCUACCAAAUGAUUAAUGGCUUGGAGAUAAGUGCUGACAGUGUGAGGGUGGGAAUGGUUCUGUACAGUGACACACCCAGGGCCGAGUUCCACCUGAACGAGUUUGAUAACAAGCAUGAAAUCCUAGACUACAUAAACAUUUUGCGGUACAGUGGUGGUAGGACCAACACUGGCAUGGCCCUGAAGCUUUCAAGAGAGGAAGUCUUCAGCGAGGAUUUUGGCAGCCGACGUGCCCAAGGGGUGCCGCAGAUUGCUGUUGUCAUCACAGAGGGCAAGUCCCACGAUGACGUCACAAUAGAAGCUUCCGAGUUAAAGCGUUCUGGGGUCAGCGUGUACGCUCUGGGACGGGAAAAUUAUAAUAUUGACCAGCUGAAAGAGAUCGCAUCUUACCCUUCUUGGCAGUUUGUGUUCAGUGUGAAAAAUUUUGAUAAGCUUUACACAGAGGAAACACCCCUGAGAAAGACUCUAUGUAACAGAGUUGCUUUUUCAACUUUUGACAGUACAAAUUACUACAACUUAAAGCAAGGGUGCAGACAAAUAGAAGAAGCAGAUAUCUAUUUUCUCAUUGACGAUUCCGGGAGUAUUACACAUUCAAACUUUGAUGACAUGAGAAAAUUUAUACGGGAGUUUCUGCAGUUGUUCAAAAUUGGGCCAAAGCAAGUUCGUAUAGGUCUAGCGAAGUAUGCAGAUUCACCAACACUAGAGUUUGAUCUGACAACAUAUAACAACAGAGAAUCCAUUGUAAGAGCUGUAAAUGAGAUUCUGCAUAAAGGUGGAGGCACAAACACCGGUGCAGCUCUGAAAUAUAUGGAGAGACCAUUUGAGGAGGCCAGAAAAACACGUAAAAAUGUUCCUCAGAUUCUUAUUGUCAUCACUGAUGGUAAAUCUAGUGAUGAGGUGAAGGUUCGAGCAACAGAUUUGAGGAAGCAAGGGGUGUCCAUCUAUGCUAUUGGAGUGAAAGACGCAAAUGAGAAAGAGCUCCUGGAAAUCGCAGAUGACGAGAAAAAGGUGUUCUUUGUCACCAACUAUGAUGCACUGUCACCUCUCAAGAAGGACAUUCUAACUUAUAUGUGCUCAAAUGAGGCCUGCAAGAACAUGUUUGCAGAUAUCAUCUUUUUGGUUGAUGGCUCAUUGAGCAUUGGCAACGAUGAAUUCUCAAAGAUGACUGAGUUCGUAGGUACCCUAGUCUCCAAGCUUAAAAUUGGGAAGGAUAGCGCACAGGUCGGGCUGGUGCAGUUCAGCACAGUGUCAAAGGCUGAAGUUGCACUGAACCAAUAUUAUGAUAUGAGUGAGAUGACGGAGGCUAUUAAUGGCAUACAGAAAAUGAAUGAAAAUACUCUGAUAGGAAAUGCACUCGAUUACGUCUCAGUGUACUUCGAUCCACCCGAAGGAGGCCGUCCCACUGCCCCAAAGUUUCUUAUUGUGAUCACGGAUGGUGAAUCCCAGGAUGAAGUUUCUGCUCCUGCCAAAGCCCUUAGGGACAAAGGUGUUACCAUUUACUCGAUAGGUGUGCGAGAGGCUAACCUAUUACAGCUGAGGAAUAUUAGUGGAUCUCCCAGUAAUGUGUUUAUGCAGAGAGAUUUUGAUGCAUUGAAAUUCUUAGAAAAAGACCUACUGUUGAAGAUCUGCAGUUCCGCUGAUGAAUGUCAGAAAUCACAGGUGGCAGAUGUUGUCUUCUUAGUGGAUGGUUCCUCCAGCAUUGCUGAAAAGGACUUUGAGAGCAUGAAGGAUUUCAUGAAUUUGGUGGUGAACAGCACACAAGUUGGGCAAGAUAAUGUCCGUUUUUGUAGCAUCGUCUACUCUGAUGCUCCUGAGAGCAAAUUUCCCCUUAACCUUUACAGUAGCAAACGAGAGGUUAACGAAGCUAUCGGUGGCAUUAAAGCUCCGGGUGGAAAUACCUACACAGCUAGGGCUCUGCAGUACUCGCUGGCCUACUUUGAUCAAACCAAUGGUGGCCGAGCUAAAAGAGGCAUCCCACAGAUGAUGUUUGUCAUCACAGAUGGUGAGGCCACAGACAAAGGUGAAUUACCCAAACGUGCUGAAGAGCUCCAGAACCAUGGAAUCAGUGUAUAUGGCAUUGGAGUGGCUGAGGCAAAAAUAAGUGAGCUAAAGGUCAUCACCAAAGAUGAGAAAAAGGUUUUCCAUGUUAAUGACUAUGAUGCUUUGAAAGCCCUGCACCAUAAAAUUUCCGCUGUGCUCUGCAACGACUCUAAACCAGAAUGUAAGAAAGAAGCAGCUGAUUUGGUCAUUCUGAUUGACGGGUCUGAAAGUAUCGACAAGGCAGAAUGGACGACAAUGAUGAACUUUAUGCUGCGUCUUGUUGACAAUCUUCGCAUUAGAGAAGACCUCAUCAGAGUCGGUGUGGCACAGUUCAGUACUGGAUACCAGAAGGAGUUCUAUUUGAAUGAAAAAAUGAACGCAAAGGAUGUGAAGGAUGCUAUUCGGGGCAUUGAGCAGCUGUCCGAAGGCACAAGAAUUGGAAAUGCUUUGUCGAAUGUGCACGAGUUCUUUGCACCAAGCAAGGGAAGCCGCAUAAAAAGUGGCAUUUCGCAGAACCUGCUGCUGAUCACUGAUGGAAAAUCAAAAGACACCGUCAAAGAGCCAGCUAAACGUCUGAGGGACAGGAACAUUGAGAUGUUUGUUAUUGGAAUAGGGCAUAUCUCACUGCCUCAGCUGAAUGACAUUGCUGGGUCAUCAAAAAGACUUUUUAUUGUGGACAACUUUGACACCCUGAAACUGAACAGAACAACCCAGGAGGUGAUUGAUAUUCUUUGCACAAAAGAGGAGCAAGAGGAGAGUCCAGAUUGCACUGUAGAUAUUGGUAUUGGAUUUGAUGUCUCCCGUGUCGGUACAAGCUCGCAAUCGCUCUUCAGUGGCCAGUCUAAGCUGCAGACAUACCUUCGUCAGAUUGCCAAACAAAUAUCUGUUCUGAACAACCUGUGCUGUCUCAAACAGCCCACUGUGGACACCAAAACAGCCUUCCGCCUGGUUGCUAGGAAUGGGAAUCUACUCUAUGAUACUGGCUUUGGGGAGUACAGUGAUGAUGUGAUAAACAAAAUAAUGGCACAGCAGAUUACUCAACCUUUGGCCUUCAACUCUCGGCUCCUGCAGUCUUUUCAAGAUAUGCUUAAGGCCUCUAAUGCUGGUGUAAAGGUAGUAAUCAUCUUCACAGAUGGCCUGGAUGAUUCUGUUGAAGUGCUUAUGCGUUCCUCAGAGGAACUCAGGAAAAGUGGAGUCCAUGCACUGCUGUUAGUAGCAUUGGAGGGAGUCCGGAGCACUACAGACCUGCAGAAGCUGGAGUUUGGACGAGGAUUCGACUACAAAGAGCCUCUCACUAUUGGCAUGCCGAAUGUGGCCAGUACCAUACACAAGCAGAUUGACACUGUAGCCUUGAGAGAGUGCUGUAAUGUGACGUGUAAAUGUACUGGCCAUGACGGUGUGCAAGGUCCUCGAGGACCUCCAGGAUAUAAGGGUCUUCCAGGACUGAAAGGACAUCCUGGAUAUCCUGGAGAAGAAGGAGGAAUGGGAGACAGAGGAACACCAGGUCUAAAUGGAACCCAAGGACAUCAGGGCUGCCCUGGAAGAAGAGGUCAAAAGGGUAACAGAGGCUACAGAGGUGAUAUGGGAGAAGCUGGAGAAGAUGGUGUGGAUGGAAUAAAUGGAGAACAGGGUGUGGCUGGAUCUGCAGGACCUAAAGGAGAGCCAGGGGAUCUGGGCAGCCCAGGUCAAAGCGGUUCCCCGGGAGAACCAGGUGUGCCAGGAGAAAAAGGACUUAGAGGAGAUCCAGGUGAGCCAGGUUUUGACAACAACAUCCGUGGUCCUAAAGGGGACGUUGGAAACCCAGGCCUACCGGGUGAGAUAGGGCAAGAUGGGAACCCAGGCAUACUUGGAGAAUCUGGCAAGCCUGGUCAAAAAGGUAGACGGGGUGAUGCAGGUCUGCUGGGUCUCAGAGGGCCUGCAGGAACACCAGGAUUGCAAGGGCUCCCUGGACCUACAGGGCCACAGGGGCCAAUUGGUCCUAAUGGUGUUCCAGGCCAGAAAGGAACGUUUGGUUUACCAGGACCACAGGGACGGCCUGGCAAUCCAGGAGGCAAAGGAUCUAAAGGAAAUAUAGGGUCUAGAGGGCAAAAGGGCCAGCUAGGCAACCCUGGAGAUGAGGGAUCAGAUGGACCACUGGGCCCCAGGGGACUUCCGGGAUCUGAUGGUCAAGAUGGAUAUGGAGUAAGAGGACCUAAAGGACAUAAGGGAGAUAUGGGCUUUCCUGGUUAUCCUGGACUUCAGGGUGAAGCAGGGGAUGGCGGGACACCUGGAGCUAAUGGCCGUAAAGGAAACAGGGGAAGAGGGGGAAAUUCAGGCAGGGCUGGAACACCAGGCGAUCCUGGCUCCGAAGGUCCCCCUGGUCACAGGGGGACUAAAGGACCACCUGGAAGCAGUGCAAUGUCUCCUUGUUCACUGAUCACCUUUGUGCGAGACAACUGUGAUUGCUGUAAAGCUAAUGCCACUUGCCCUGCCUACCCCACUGAACUUGUCAUUGGCUUGGACAUGUCUAAUGGUGUGACUGAGGAAGUGUUUCGAAGGAUGCGCAAUGCAGUUCUCUCUCUGCUUCAUGACAUCAACUUUGCUGAGAGCAACUGUCCCACUGGAGCCCGAGUAGCUGUGGUGUCUUACAGCUCCAACACCAAGUACCUCAUCCGCUUCUCUGACUAUCAGCGUAAAAAGGACCUGAUGGAAGCUGUAAAUAACAUUGCUCUGGAACGCACGACUAACCAGCGUAACAUUGGUGCAGCCAUGCUCUUUGUGGGCAGGAAUGUCUUUAAGCGUGUGCGACAGGGUGUACUGAUGAGGAAGGUGGCCAUCUUUUUAACUGCUGGACCCUCCCAGGAUCAGUCACCCAUUGUCACAGCUGUGUUGGAGUACAAGGCUCUGGACAUCAAUCUUGGUGUUAUUGCGUUUAGGAGUGCUGCUAAUGUUCGUCGUGCUUUUGAGGCUGAUGAGACAGGGAGCUUUAUUUUGGCUUUGGUGGAGAGACCACGCGACCAGAGUGCAGCAAUCGAGAGGAUCCAGAAUUGUGUUGUCUGCUUUGAUCCUUGCAGGCCUUCUCCAAUUUGUCCCGACAGCAGUGCAGCACUUGUUCCGAAAGAAGUGGACAUGGACCUGGCAUUGUUGGUAGAUGGUUCUCGGCUCAUUAAAGAAGAUGAGUAUAAGGAAGUGAAGCAGGUUCUGGCCACUGUGUUAGAUCAGCUUGCAGUGAGCCGCCAGCCUCGCUCAAAAGACAACCAGGCUAGGGUGGCUCUUUACCAGCAGAGCUCCACCUAUAGUGAGGCACAAGCACCAGUCAAGCAAAUAUUCAACUUCCAGCAGUACCGGGAUCGUAAGCUGAUGAAGCAGAGCAUCUUUCAAGACCUACAGAAGACCGGUGGAUCCUCUCAACUGGGCCAUGCUCUGGAUUUUGUAAUCACGAAGGGCCUUCUCACAGUCUCCCAGCCCCGUAAAUACAAAAUGUUGCUGGUUGUUGUUGGAGAGGAAACAGACUAUUAUGACCAAGACAUGCUAGACAUCAUGUCCAGAGCAGCAAAAUGUGAGGGCAUAGUGUCCCUCAUCUUCACAGUUGGGAAUCGUUUCAACAGCACUCAGGUAGAGGAGCUUGCUAGUAUUCCUGUAGCACAACACAUAGUCCACUUGAGCCAAGUGAAGCAGCAAGAGCAGGAGUAUGCCCAGCGCUUUCUGAGGACUUUCCUCCAGACUCUGAUCAAGUCAAUCAACGUCUACCAAACUCAACUGCUUAGAGGAGUGUGCGACGCUCUUCAGAGUGGCGUGGGUAAAGGCCAAGGCAAAGCUGAUGUCUAUGAGACUGUAGAAAGUCCUACCAUUGACUGGUAUCCUUUACCAACCACUGCUUACGCUGAGGAGGGAGAGGAGGAGGUGGUGGAGCAGGAGGAAGACACAAGUUAUAUCAGAGAGACAGGAACCCAUUUGACCCCAAGUCGUGGAGAUUUAGAUGCCCAGUGUUUGUUGGAUAAGGACACUGGCAUCGUGUGCAGAGACUAUGUGCAAAGGUGGUACUAUGAUAGUGCCCUUGAUGCAUGCUCAAUCUUCUGGUACGGCGGUUGCGGCGGUAACAACAACCGUUUUAGAACGGAAAUCGAAUGCAUGGAGACAUGUAGCACAAACAAUGUGUGUCUCCUGAAGAAUGAUCCAGGACCCUGCAGAGCUUACAUACUCAAAUGGUUCUAUAACACCGAGCUGAAUCGAUGCACUCAAUUCUGGUAUGGAGGAUGUGAGGGGAACAGCAACAGAUUUGACACAGUGGAGAAGUGUGAAGCCCGCUGUAUUACGCUGGACACUGUAUAGUGACUCUCCAAAAUACCACAAAAUCCUGUAAAAUAUUAGCAAGUUACCCUCCCACUUUUUCCUGUUAGCAUAGAAUGUAAUGACCCAAAAGCAUGUGAACGAUGCUUUCUUCAAAUGUCUCAUUGCACCCUAUUCGUUCAGGUCAACUGCAUCUAUACAUCAAAGUUUCCACCUUAUUAUGCCGUCCUUUACUGCAACUCUCAAGACAAAGUAUUUUAAAAUGCCAAGGUAAUGUAUUGUCAAUGGCAUUUUCAUGGCUGUAACACUGAACAUAUGCUGUAUUGCAAUCAAAUGAUGAGCUCUGAGUAGAGAGAAAUAUAUUUUUCCUGAAAGAAUGAAUACCUAAAGUUAUUGAUAAUGAAAUUCAGCAAGGUAUUUUUAUACCUGACAGAAUAUUAUGACUAAGGGCAGGAUUUCUUGGUGCUAUCACAUAAAAUAUUUUUAAUCUGUUUCACUGAGGGUAUGCACAUUAACUCGAGGUUACUACGUCGGUCUGUCUUUACUAUUUUGACCAUAUCAUUAGUAAGAGGGCACAUUUUAGAACAUCUGUUUUGUUCACACAGUGCAGCUGAUAAGCUUCAAAAUGCUCAACAUGAUCCUAAAGGUGCCAAUUCAGGACCAAAGUGAACCAUUUUGAACUUUAUCUUCACACUGUGCAGUUUACUGCUUUUAAUCAUUCAGUCUGUUCGUAUUUUGUACAAAUAAACCUGGGGACAUAAUUCACUCUUUGUGUCAAUGAAAAUGAA